GGCAACUAUUGGCAGUAGCAUGAAGUAUCACUUAUUCGCAGUACAGCACGCCUAGUGGCUAGGGGGAUAUUUGAAGUAGUUAUUUCGGUUUAAAUUUACUCUAGAUUGUUUAAUGCUUGGAUUCGAAAACGGCUUCGAAUGAUGAUAUUUGUUUUUGCAGUGCGAAAACACUAACUUUCUUUGGCUGGUGGUGCAUUGUCUGCAAAAUUGUUGGGGUCUUGUGGCAAUUCUGAGACGCUAAUUCGUGAAAAAAGCCAAAAUGCUUCUUACUACUCUAUUAAGAGCAAAAGUCAAAACCAAGCAUGUUAUGGUCAUGUGUGAAAGUGUAGCAACUGGUCAUAGAAUCAAUCUUCUUAGAGAGCGAACUGCAGAUAAAAUGGAAUUCAUCAGAUACGACCCAUUGAUAAACCAGGACUCACUCUAUAAAGAGAUAAAGAAGAUUAAGAGUGUGAAAAUUGUUCUGAAGGCUCAGAAGGAGGAGCCCAACGUUGCAUUGCUCAAUGAAAUCUGAACUGUUAAUUUUCUCUUUUAUUUAUAAAUCUUUGUAAUAAAUAGUCAAUUUAUGAAAUAACGA